GGUUUGACAACACCAGAACGGAGGUGAGAGCUGGGAGGAUCUAGCCUGGAGAUUUCCUAAGGACCUGGGGAGCCUACCUUGCAGUCACAAGCCUGUAAAAAGUGGUCCCUGAGGAGUGGGACCCUUCGCUAGGGCAGCCGGCUAGGGCCUUCCCCUACUGGAGAGCGGCACUGAUACAGUCCAUCCUCCUGCCUCAGUGAAGCGGCCAGGGCUCCACUUGGGCUCUAUACAAGUCGUAUUCUUGCAAGACUGCUUGUAGGAAAACAUGGCAGUUUCCAUUUUCACAAAUUAAUCAAGCCUAGCACCAAAUACUGCCACAGGUUGGGGCUGUCAUUGCAGUGGAUACCUGGUCAGGAGAUUAGUAAAUUAUACCGGGAAGCGCCAGAAUGGAGGUGUCAAUGCCCCUGCCUCAGAUAUAUGUAGAAAAAACCCUAGCCAUUAUCAAGCCAGAUAUUGUAGACAAAGAAGAGGAGAUCCGCGACAUUAUUCUCAGAUCUGGAUUCACCAUCGUUCAGAGACGAAAACUACAUCUGAGCCCUGAGCACUGUAGCAACUUUUAUGUGGAACAGUAUGGGAAAAUGUUCUUCCCAAACUUAACAGCUUAUAUGAGUUCUGGGCCUCUUGUUGCUAUGAUAUUAGCUAGAUAUAACGCCAUCUCUUACUGGAAAGAACUUAUGGGACCAUCAAAUAGUUUACUAGCUAAGGAGACACACCCGGACAGUCUAAGGGCAAUUUACGGUACAGAUGAGCUACGGAACGCCCUUCAUGGGAGCAAGGACUUCGCUGCCUCAGAAAGAGAGAUUCGCUUCAUGUUUCCAGAAGUGAUUAUUGAACCCAUUCCAAUUGGACAAGCUGCUAAGGACUAUUUAAAUCUGUACGUAACGCCAACCCUACUCCAAGGACUCACGGAGCUUUGUAAGCAGAAACCGGCAGACCCUUAUAUCUGGCUAGCUGAUUGGUUGUUGAAAAAUAACCCCAACAAACCUAAACUUAGACAUUUUCCAGUGCCAGAGGAAGAGCCUUAGCACACUCUGCAGGACAAGCAGCGGCUGUGUUACUGGGAAAAGCUGUGCAUCCACUUUUUACAAGAUGCCUCCUUCCUAAUGGGUUGAGUCACUACAUGUGUAAUAAACUAUUUUUUCUUUACAUUAAAGAAA